GCGAUACCUCGCUUGACAGUAACAUUGCUGUUGGCCGCUUGGCUGUACUUGGAUGUUCAGCAGUUUUCUUCCGUUUUUCCACGACUCCAGCCCAAUAGUCAGCACAAGAACCACCAGGAUGGUCUGCAGUGUGACGUCACUCCGACUAUUGGCCGUCCUGGCCUUGGCCCAGCUGGUCACUGGCUUCCUUGUCGGUCAUUCACCUGACCGGACAUUCCCGAAGCCGGGGAGGGGUGAUGAGGGUCUGUACCACUUCGCCGCUGUGGCUUCCAACGCUGACCCUUGCGCUGAGAUCGGAACGGAGCUCAUGGCUAAGAAGAGAGGGAGUGCUGUUGAUGCGGCCAUUGCUAGCAUGUUAUGUGUGGGAGUGACAAGAUUCCAGAGCAGUGGACUUGGUGGUGGUCAUUUCUCGACAAUCUACGACAGAGCGUCCAGGAAAGUACACUCCAUCAUAGCCAGAACCAUGGCCCCGAGUGCAGCCAACUCAACGAUGUUCAUCAAUGAUACUGUCGGAGUAACACAGGGAGGUCGUUCAAUUGCUGUACCGGGAGAAAUUCUCGGUUUCUGGGAAGCUCACAAGCUACAGGGUCGUCUCCCUUGGCGAGACCUUUUCCAACCUGCGAUUAAACUUGCCACUGAAGGCUUCCCAGUUGAGCCAUCUACAGCCGCUGCCAUCCAAAGUAAAAUACCCUCAGGGAUAUUUGACACGUUUCCCACUCUCAAAGCCAUCGUGACGAACCCAAUCACAGGCACCUGGUACAAGGAAGGGGAGAUGAUCCGGCGUCCCAAGCUGGCACGGACUUUACAGAGAAUCGCUGAUGGUGGCGCAGCUGAGUUCUACAAUGGAAGUCUAGCUGAUGACAUUGUCAAGGAGAUACAGGGGGCAGGGGGUAUCAUCACCAAGCAGGACCUGGCUGACUUUUAUGCUGACGUCACAUCACCUUUGUCUCUGGCUCUGAACGGAGGACUGACCAUCUACUCACCACCAUUGCCUUCCAGUGGCGUCAUCGCUCAGAACAUUCUAAACAUCCUCUCGG